AUGAGUGCCGCUGUAUCUGACAAUGACGUCAUGAUGGACGAAGCGAAGCGGAAUGAGAGUUUCGAAAAGAGAAGUGACGAUUCGAAUAAUAUUUGCAAAAAGAUAUUCGAAGCUCAAGGUCGUCUAGUGGAAAUCGAUGGUCCCGUACGUAUUUGUGGAGAUCUUCACGGUCAAUUUCCAGAUUUGAUUAGACUAUUCGCUCAGGGUGGUUUCCCCCCGGAUUCGAAUUAUAUGUUCCUCGGAGAUUACGUUGAUCGUGGAGCGUAUAGUCUGGAAGUUAUUCUUCUUUGUCUCUCAUUCAAAGCUCGUUAUCCGAAUAACUUCAUGAUGUUACGUGGAAAUCAUGAGUUGGCACACAUCAAUGAUAAAUAUGGAUUCAGAGAGGAAAUAUUCACUCGGAAGGGAGAAUUUGCAAUCCCGAUUUAUGAGGAGUUCACCGUAAGAGGGACAUUCGGACAAACAGACAGAUGUACUCUCGGAUUUCAGAAAAUGUUUGAUGUGAUGCCACUGGUUGGUCUGAUUGGUGGACGAAUCCUUUGUAUGCAUGGAGGAAUUUCGAAACAACUCAAGUCACUGGACGAUUUGAGAAAAUUGAGAAGUCCAUUCAACUUGGAAGACGACUGCCUUGAGAACGACAUCCUGUGGUCGGAUCCGGGAAAAGGAUCAACCGGCUGGCAACCGAAUCCACGUGGAGCAAGUGUAGUUUUUGGGGAAGACGCGGUGAUUGAGUGUUGUAAAAUGUUGGAUAUCGAUUUGAUUGUGAGAGGACAUCAAUGUGUUCAGGAUGGUUAUGAGUUCUUUGCUGGAAAGAAACUUGUGACAGUGUUCUCUGCUCCUCACUACUUGGGAACUUUCACAAAUAACGCUGCAAUGUGCAAAGUGUCCGCUGGAUUACAGGUCUCAUUUGAAGUGCUCAUACCGGAGGAUCUGAAAGUGGAAGAGAGAAAAAUGGGACCCGAAUCGACGGCCGCUGAAAUGACUCAAUGA